AUGUAUGUCACCAUUCUGGCUGCAGUUGUGGCCAUUGUGGGUGGCUUGGUAUGGCUGAUUUGGUCCUUCCGCGCAGAAAUCAAGACCUGGUGGAAACACGCUUUCCCUACCAGGUGCAGCUUCACUGACUGGUCCGACUGGGCGGCUUGCACCGCAAGUUGUGGCGUCGGCAGCAGCUCGGCGGAGCGCUCCUUCGAGCCCCCCCGCUGCCAGCCUGAGCCGGCCCCCGCAGAGCUGCGCCGCAGGCGGCUCUGUGAGGAAGAGGAGUGCCUGAGGCCGCUGCACUGCGAGGUGGGCCCCUGGACCGCCUGGAGCCACUGCUCCGAGCCCUGCGGCGGCGGAGUCAGCAGCCGCAGCCGCAGCCAGCUGGUGGCGCCCAACGCGCUGGGGAGGCCCUGCCCUGCAACCUUCCAGGAGUGGCCCUGCGAAGUGGUGCAGUGCUCGCGCUUUUGCCACGUGACCGCCUGGUCCCCCUGGGGCCCCUGCAGCCGGAGCUGUGGCCGCGGGCGCAUGCAGCGACAGCGAACCUCCAUACCGAAACGAGGAGUUCAGGGUGUCCGGUGUCCUCGCGAGGUGGAUGAGUCCAGCUGCGAUCUUGCCGAGUGCCUUGAGCAGUCGAAGUGCGUCUUCCAGGUGGCGCCGCGGGUGGACCACGCGGAGCCGCUGGACGGCUGCAACGGCACCUCUGCGGAGCAGAGCUGCGCGGUGCAGUGCGCCGUGGGCUAUCGCGAGGACCGGCCUUUGAUUUGCUCCGGCGGCCUCCGGUUCCUGCGCAGCCGAUGCCUGCCGGAGCGCUGCGGAGACGCGCCGCGCCUGGCGAACAGCCGGCCCACCGCAAGAUGCAGCGGACUGGCCCACGGGGAGGAGUGCUUGCUGGACUGCAGAGCCGGAUUUCAGAAGUCGGACAACCUCCGUUGCGAGUUGGGCCAUUUGAAUGUGCCCCAUUGCCGUUCCUUGGGCUGCGGAAGCCCGCCAAGGCCCAUGCACAGUACUGCAAUCUUCCUUUGCCCUGAUGGGCGGGCAGACUGUGCAGAAGCCGAGCUUAAGGAGAAGACCCUGGAAGACUGUGAAGGUUUGGCAGAUGGUGAAGUGUGCCAAUACUUUGCCUGCUCUCACGGGUUUGUGAAGACCGAUGAAUUAACUUGCAAGUCCUUCAACUUCAACCGGCCGCGCUGCAUUGAAAAACCAUGCUUGGGCGCGCCACCUGCGGUCGCACACGCCGUUGUUGACACCGACGAUGGUGUGGCCAAAGAGUGCCGCUUUUUGGCGUACAAUCGCCUACCUUUUCCCUCCCGUGCUGCCUGCCCGUUGAGCUGCAGCAACGGCUUCCGCCCCAGCGGCGCCAGCGUGUGCGCGCGCGGGGAGUGGCAGAGCGCCACCUGUGUGACUAUUGGUAUGCCUUUGCCGGGAUGCCAGGGUACAGACGCCCCAGCACCGGAGAACGGCAAGGCCAAUUGCGAGCACCGCAUCUACGGAAGCGGCGAGACCUGCGACGUGGUCUGUGAGAGUGGUCACAGGAUGGCCGCGAAGUUGCUCUGUGCGGGCAGGGAAUGGCUUACUGGCAGCUGUGAGCCUCUGCCCUGCGACGCAGCACCUCUCGUGGCCAACAGCGAGGAACUAUCCACUUGCGCUAGUUCACCUCACGGCAGCCGAUGUCAGGUGGAGUGCCUGGAGGGCUUUGAACCCACCUCUAAGCACGUUGUCUGCCAGCGCGGCCUUUGGACCGCCGCGCGCUGCCAGGAGCGGCGCUGCUCCGCGCCGGCGCGGCCGGACUACGCGGUGGGCAACUACUCCCACUGUGCAAACCUCCGCCACGGGGAGCUCUGCCAGCUCAGCUGCGAAGAAGGCUUCCAGGCUUCAGCGCCCAUGCGCUGCGACCGAGGCUACUUUACCCGAGCUUAUUGUGAAGCUCGCCCUUGUGGCUUUCCGGUGGUUCAGGGCAGCGGUGACCUGUCGACUUGCUCUGGCUACCCAAGUGGCGCAUUGUGCGAGCUGCACUGCGAAGCAGGCCACCAGGCCGGCGCGGUCCUGCGCUGCGAGCGCGGCAACUGGAGUGAGGCCCUUUGUUGGCGCUGGCCAGGCUGCGGGGAGCCACCGCAGCUGCCGAACGCAGAAGCGGCGAAGAUCCAAGACUGCAUCAACCUCAGGCGAGGUCAGCGCUGCACCGCCUUCCACUGCAACGUGGGCUUUCAGGUCGUCAACGAUGAUGAGAUGCGUUGCCGGAAGCGGGGCUUCUUCUCGCAGCCCAAGUGUGCCAAGAUGCCCUGCAGCCGCCCACCAUCUCCGGGUCAUAGCCGUGGAACGGACAGCUGCACAGGAACGCCCAGCGGCGGAGUCUGCAGAAUUUCCUGCGAGCCCGGCUACGCGCCCAGGGCUGCCAUGCACUGCCUGGAGGGCUCUUUUAUCGAGAGCAGCUGUGAGCCGCUGUCAGGACCCCUCUCCUAUGCCCUGGAUGAGUCCAUGCUGUUGGCCCUGCACUUACGCGUAUCCUUCACCAGCUGGGAGAACCUCCAGGCACAGCGCCCGGGUCUGCGCACCGCGCGGCUGGCGAGGGCGCUGGCGCACGCCUUGGGCCUGCCAUCCUGGCGCCUGGUGGCGAAGGAGUCCAGGCCAUACUCGCUGACCAGCACUGUGGUUGACCUGCUGCUGCUGCCGGCCAGCUACAAGCCUGCGAGUUUCCGGCGGCUCUCUGUCCCGCGACCAGCACAAGACGUGCUGGCAGCCGCACAAGAUGUGCUGAAGGCGCCAACACUAUCGGAGUUGCUGACAAAUGCACUGUCGUUGCCCAAUGGCGAGGCGAUCGGGGUCCUAAAACUGGAGAUGGUGAGCAACACCGUGGGGAGGAUGUGUGUUCAUCCACCAGUUGUCGAGUAUGCAAAGGAUCUGACCACAUGCGCCUUCACUCUCAGCGGCCACGUUUGCCCGCUGGUGUGUGAAGCUGGUUUCGUGCACAGCGGGAGCCUGGCCUGCCAAGAUGGCGCAUGGCUGCUUCCUCACUGCGAAGAGAUGCUUUGCGACUCACCGCCUAACGUGGAGAACUCUGAGGACUUGUCGCACUGCCAGAACAGCGCCACGGGCUCUAUUUGCAUCCUUGAGUGUCAGCCAGGCUACGAGAGGACAGGAGACUUGGAGUGCAGCAAAGGCUUCUGGGUUGGGGCGAAAUGCCUUCCCAAGACGUGCAAGCACUUGCCGCCCCUGCUGCAUGCGGACCACAGAGCCUUGCGGCAGUGUCGAGGCAUCGAGUCAGGAUCCGAAUGCCUUCUUCAGUGCGAAGCCGGAUAUUUGCCCACAGGAGAAGGGAAGCUCCGCUGCAACCUGGGCAAUUUCCAGCUGCUGAGUCAAUGUCUUCCAGCAGAUUGCCAUCAGACGCCCUCAGUGAGGAACAGCCGCAUCGAGUUGGCAGACUGCGCGGGCUUGAAGCACGGCACCGCCUGCAACUUUCGGUGCAAGGAUGGCUACCAAAAGGUGGGCGAGCUUCAAUGCUUCUUCGGCCGCUUUACCUCUGCCAGGUGCAAGCCUGCAGAUUGUCAGGAGCCACCUUCCAUCCAGGGCCUCACAGCUGUGGGAGCUGCACGCUGCGUGCCAAGGCCGUCGGGUAUGGGGUGCAAUGCGACCUGCGACUUCCCUUUGCGGCUUGUGCCACAACUCACAUGCAGUCAUGGUAAGUGGCUACCUGCAGAAUGCGUGCCCUACAGCAAGCCCGGCGGUGAGUCCUGCCAUCGACCACCGGCACUGCACCGCGCGGGCGACCUGACCAAGUGCAGCUCCGGAAAGCAUGGGGAGAGAUGCGAGGCUUCCUGCGUCCAGGGCUAUGCGCUGGAUCGGCCGCUGAUUUGCUACGACAGCCUGUGGUCCAAGGCAUCCUGCGAGCCCUUGCAAUGUGGUACAGCGAGCGUGGAGAGAAGUACAUCAUUGCAGUCAUGCGUGGACCAGGAGAUGAUGGAUCAGUUUGUCCGCUCUACUGCCAGCCGGGCUACUCUCCGGCAGGAUUGCCAUUUGUUGUGA